UUGAUCUGUUUUCUUUUCUUCAAGUAUUAGGAUCACCGAUAUAACCUUCAGACCAACCCCUGUCCGAUAGGCUUAAUCUGUGUUUGGCCCUUUGUUUGUAUUUCUAUACAUGGAAUCCCACUCACCUGAAUUGAGGACCAGAAACAACACAUCGACCCCUGACAAUCACAUUUUGAUUGCCAUCCCUCAAUGUGCAGGAACUUCCAACUGACGCCUACGAUGGAAUAUUAUUCUGAUGUCGAGGAGUUUCAAGGUAUUGAGUACCCUAUGCUUCAAGGAAGAACCUAUCUCGACCAUGGUGGGGCAACAAUAUACGCCAAGUCUCUGGUCAACAAUUUUGCAUCAGAUCUGGUGUCAAACCUAUAUGGCAACCCACACUCUAUGAAUGCCCCCGCGAAACUUUCAGGCCGGCUCGUCGACGAUACACGGGAGAAGACUCUACGAUUUUUGGGAGCUGACCCUGAACACUUUGACUUGGUUUUUGUUGCCAAUGCAACGGCUGCCAUCAAGCUUGUCAUGGAAUCGUUCAAGGACCUCUCGAUCACCAACAAGCUGGUCGAGGGAGAUGAAUGCGGGUUCCGAUACUUGUAUCACAUCGAUUGCCAUAACAGCGUCAUUGGGGUCAGGGAAGCCACAGAUGACAAUCAUUACUGUUUUCGAAACGACGCCGAGGUUGAACAUUGGCUAGCUGGCACAUCGAGUCAGAACGACAGUAAUACGUUGGGACUUUUUGCGUAUCCUGGACAAAGCAACAUGACGGGCAGACGUCUGUCACUUUCCUGGCCUGGGAUUCUGAGGAGAUCAACGCAUCUAUCCCAUCAGGAUACCUACUCACUGCUUGACGCAGCAGCUUUAGCAACCACGUAUCCACUGAACAAAGUAUUCAGCGACCCCGAAUCAGCACCAGACUUCACUACCCUCUCUUUUUACAAGAUCUUCGGCUAUCCAGAUCUCGGAGCACUCGUUGUACGUAAAGCUUCGGGAAGGAUCCUACAAUGGGGACGCAAGUAUUUCGGCGGAGGAACAGUGGAAGCUGUUACCGUUCUAGGCAAAAGACCUUGGUUCAAGAACCGCGGCAUCCUACACGAAAGUCUCGAAGACGGAACCCUCCCCUUCCACAACGUCAUUGCCCUGAGCGCCGCAAUCGACACCCACGAACGGAUCUACGGCCCCGACCCCAUGACAACCAUCUCCCGCCAUACCAACUUUCUCGGCAAAAUGCUCUUUGACCGUAUGUCCGCCCUGGUCCAUCCCAACGGCGUUGCAGUCUGCAGGAUCUACAAAGGAGCAGAAAGUUCAUACGGCGACAGCUCAACCCAAGGUGCAACCAUUGCAUUUAACGUCGUCCGCGAAGACGGCCAAUUCGUCCCGUAUACCAGCGUUCUCGAAACCCUCGCCGACGAGCGAAAGAUCUACGUCCGUUCCGGCCAACUCUGCAAUCCAGGAGGGAUAGCAUCAAGCCUAGGCUACGAUACUUGGCACUUGAAACGCCUUGUUGCCAACGGACAUCGCUGCGGAGCUGCGCAUCUCACGAACACGGAAAUCGUUAACGGAAAGCCAACCGGCGUAGUCCAGGUGUCUCUUGGUGCUAUGACGACGAUUGCGAAUAUCGACUCCCUGAUCACGUUCUUGCGAGAGGAGUUUAUUCGUGAUGGGUUUCAACAACUAAUAGAUGAUGCGAAUGGGAGGAAUAUCGGUAUUCCGAUCAGAGUCAGCUCGAAGGAUCAGAGUUGUUAUUCGUAUAGGGAGAAAUCAGAUCGCCAUGCUAGUCACAAUAGCAAUGGGCAUGAAGACUCCCAGGACUCCUUGAGUUUGGCUAGCUAUCCGGCCUGUGCACGAACCACCACAGGAGAUUCAAGAGCGUCGACUCGUCCCAGCACUGCCUCGGAGAGGAGGGAGAAAAGGUUAUCGAAUCUUCAGGGGUUUAACGAUUCAGCUGUGCAGAUGGCGCAGCCUAGAAAGGGGGCGGAUACGAAGAAAGCGGAGGAUGACAAGAUGGGGUUUAGGAAAAUGUUUAAUAAGGAGAAGAAGAGCGUUGCAAAUUGAGUUGAAGUGCUGCUCACCUGCCUUGGUUGAGUUUAUUUACUGGCAUGUUAGCAUGGCGUUACUGCAUCCCGCUUUCCCUUCUUGCUUUGAACACCUUUAUCUGGUACAUAAAGUCGUCAAUAUAGAUUCUAAUUCAC